AUGAAGGGUUGGUUUGAUGCAUUUCGAGACGAUGGUGGUCCGACACUGUAUUCAUUUUCAAAUCGUACACCCGUAACGGGCGAUGUAUCGAUAGUAGCCGUAUCUGUAUUAUUUGCAACAUUUUAUGUUGCAUUCUUAGUUAUAUUUCCAGGUGUAAGAAAACAGAAAUUCACAACAUUCUCAACUGUCACAUUAAGUCUUUUCGUGGGACUAGUCAUUUUAAUCACAAGACUUGGUUCAGCAUGGCAUGUUGCCCAUACGACAAUUAUAGCGCCAUAUAAAGCAUUUUCGCGUGAGAAAUUGCCGGCGCGUAUUGGUACCCACAUUGGUCUGAUGCAUGUCAAUGUGACGUUGACAGGUAAGUUUCAAUCUAACACCUACCAAACUAA